AUGUCCGCCGCGCAGGCCACGCUGCGCGACCAGCUCGUACGCAAAUUUGAAGAAGCGGCACGCAAGGACGACGAAGCGGCCGUGGAGCGUCUCUUCAAGUUGUUCCCUCAGAUCGGCCGAGCUGACGAGGGAGUGGACCUGCUGGCCAGAUAUCUCGCUAAUAAGUCGGAAGGCGCUAUCCGUCGCGCCUGCACCGUACCGGAUCCGACGUCCGACGCGGCAGUAUUCGCGGACGCUUUUACACGUCUGCUUGAAGCCGGAGGGCGGAACGUGGAUCGAGCACGCUUAUUGGCAGCUUCAAGUGCACCUGGCCGGUUGCCGCGGGCGCUGGCGCUCAUACAACCAGUGAUUUGCGCAGGCGGCCGCCGCGUAUACCACGAAUUGGUGGCAGCGCGACUCUCAAACGCCCGUCGUUCUGCGCUUCACGCUGAACCAGUUUUAGCCGAGCUAGCACUCGCACAUUCUACUAUACAUCUGUAUUUCACGUUCGUCAGGAGAAGAGCCGAGGCGGACGCAUCAACAGUGGAUGAAGAAACGAAGAAAUCAUGUUUUGUGGCCACAGAGAAGAUUAUCGCAGAAUGCGAUCUCACAAGGACCGCUCAGGACUUGUUGGGACAUUAUCUGGCUUUAGAAAGAUUUUUCUUAGAGGAGAGCGUUAGCAAAGCGCUCAAGAUGGCGGCACCACAAGUCGGGGCAACCAGUUCGAGUCUGGUUGACGAUGUCUUCUUCAUUGCCAGGAAAGUUAUCCGCCGCAGCAUUUCAACGGGCAGCGUGGACGGCGCGUGCGCAGUGCUGAACGAGGUGUCCGCCUUGUUAGAGCGGGACGCAGCGGCCGCGCUGCGCCGGUGGCUGCGCGCGCCGCCCCCCUCCCCGCUGCCCCUCCCGCUCCCCCACCCCCGCCCCGCGCCCGGCCCCGGCGUCGCCCCCGACGCGGCCAGGCACAGGGAGGUGGAUGCCCAGGCGCACCUGUAUGUGGCACACCUAAACGAAGCCGAAUCCGGCGCCGAAUGGUCCAUGCGCCUCGCCACAGAAGCUUGCACACUAGCAGAGCCCCUUCUCAGUACCGGUGGGCGCGACAAGCUGGUGUCGUGCGCUGAGAGUCUCGCUACUGCCGCGGCCGCUUUUAAGGCCGCUAGGGACUUGGGGCUAGAAGGGAUAACGGCUGCGUUAAAGCAUAAGGUUACUAAGUGGGCUGACGCGGUUGCUGAUCCAGAUGGAGAUAGCAUGGAAGACGAUGCCGACGCGCUGCCUUCAGCGUUGGACACUUUAGCUGAAGCCAGCAAAGCGCAGCUGUCAGCCGCCGCGGCCAACCAGCUGCUGACCACUAUAGUGCAAGACUUGGCUACGAGAGCAGAGGAGAGGUUGCUGGUGCAUCAUUAUGAUCAGGACGCAGCAACCGAUGCAGGCGAGUACGACGAGAAGAACGCUUACAAGGAUGUUAUUGACUAUUGUGUGCUCGCUCUUGUCUGUCGCAUCAUUCGAUCCAGCCGCAUUCUGGUGUUGGACACAGCGCUGGACAGCAAAGCCCAGCUCUCAGCAGCCAACGUGCUGUUAACUACUACAUAUAGUGCAAGACUUGGCUACGAGAGCAGAGGAGCGGUUGCUGUGUUGGACACAGCGCUGGACAGCAAAGCCCAGCUCUCAGCAGCCAACGUGCCGUUAACUACUAUAGUGCAAGACUUAGCUACGAGGGCAGAGGAGCGGUUGCUGGUGCAUCAUUAUGAUCAGAUAACAUAUAUAACUUAG